AUGAUGUACGAAGAUUUUAAUACGCUGCCAUUGAUAAAAUCAAUUAGAGAAGACUCCAUUGAAAAUAUACACAAAUUUUUAGAAGAGAAUUAUAAAGAAUAUGAAGCAGAUGAAAAUGGAGAGUUCAAAAAGAAAAUUGAAAUAAUAGACAAGCAAACACAAUCAACACCAUUAUUUUAUGUAACAGCAAGAAAAAAUGACGAAGAAUCUGUAAAGAUAUGCCAAUUAUUAAUUGAAAAAUUUGGUAUAUGCAAUCCUGUAUCAAAAGAUUUGAUGAAACAAACUUGUUUAUUUUAUGCAGCAAGGGAAGGGCAUCUCCAAUUAUGUAAGUAUUUAAUUGAAAAAGGUUGUAACCCUAAUGAUGCAGAUAAUUUUGGUCAAACAUGCUUAUUUUAUGCAUCGAGAGAAGGCAAAACUGAAUGUGUUGAUAUUAUAAUUAAAAAAGGAGGAAAUCCAAAUUUAUUAGAUUUAAAUAAACAAACAUGCUUAUUUUAUGCAUGUAGAGAUGGUAGAUAUGAAACAGUUAAAUGUUUACUUGAAAAUGGAGUUAAUCCUUCAAUAAAAGAUGCACAAAGAAGAACAGCUUUAACUUUUGCUAAAGGGAAUGGUCAUAAUAAUAUUAUUAAUCUUCUAAAAAAUGCUGGUACUGUAGCGAAACCUGGAAGUGUCGUGCAUACACAACCCAAAAAUGCAAAAUUGAAUACAACCCAAUAUUUGGGCUCUGUAAAAAGUGAGUCCAAUGCCAACGUGAGUUCCAAUGUGGACCCUACUAACAGUGGUGACACACAGCGAAAGAAAUACAAAUUGCAAUAUCAGCCCUUAGAGGACGACCCUGAAUUAUGGCUAGAUGCCCCUUUAAUAAAAAUAAAAGAAUUUGAGCGUAAAUUUCCAGAUCUAGCCUUAUGGCCGAAAAAUGGGGAUGUAACAAAAAAUGAAAAUAGUAAUUUAAAUGACGCAUUUAACAAACAAUGGUAUUCAUUAGCUAACCAAAUAAUUCAGGCAUUAAGUAAAUAUGAAGGUGGUCAUAUAUUUGAAAGAUUAGUGGAUACUAAAAAACAAAAUUGUCCUGAUUAUUAUGAUGUUAUUAAAAAUCCCAUGUCAUUUAGUUGCAUAAAAGCAAAAUUAAAAAAAGGCCAAUAUUCAUCCCCUCAAGAAUUUAUAAAUGACGUACAGCUAGUUUUUUAUAAUUGUUCUGUAUAUAAUACAGCUGGUACUAUUGUAGCAAUUACAGGAAAAAAUAUUGAGGCAUAUUUUAAUAACCAAUUAAUUGUUACUGGAUUUAGCAAUUUUGUUCAAAAAGAGAAAAAUAUUAAUGAUCAUUUACAAAAAGUUGAAGAAGAAAAUGAACGAUGGGCCGAAGAACACCCAAGCAUUAUAAAAGACGAAAAUAGUGAAAAUAAUAACGAGUUAAAUCAAUUGAAUAAUGAAAUGAAUAACGAACAAAAUAGUGAGGUAAAUAAUGAAGACUAA